UAUUUGGCACAGAUUGGAAAUGUGUACAGGAUGAGCAGCACAUUUGUGACAUUAGCUGAAGUAUUAGAGGCUCGAGGGGGCCCUCUGCUGGAGGAGGAGGUCUGGUCCCUUCUGCUGGCUACUGCAGAGUCUUUAGUGGAUGUCGCUUAUAAAGGUCACAACAACAUGUGUAACAUCAUCAGCCCCACCUCUCUGCUGCUGUCGGCCUCUGGUACCUUGGCCUUUAAGAGCUGCGGCCUCUCAGAUGAAGUGUCCACCUUCACUGCUCCAGAGAUGCUCCAGAGCCGAGCAGGUGCCACCAAACCUACCACAGAGAGGAUGCUGGUCUACUCACUUGGCAUGACUCUCUAUUGGUCGGUUGAUUUUCACCUACCUCAAAAUCAGCCGGUCCAGUUGAGUGACCACCUUAACAGCCUGCUCCUCAGCAUGUGUGAGGACCUGUCCCAUCGAAGGACUAAUCUUAACUCUAUCCUGGAGGCGUGUGAAUCUCAGCAUAAAGCCUCCAUCCUGCCGUCCCCCACCCAAGUGAUCAGACAGCUGGUGGAGGAGGUCUUUCAUGAUUCGGACAAUGGCUCUUUGACCGACAGUAAUGUUCCUCUGAGCGGCCGCAGUCAAAUGAUCAGAGAGAGACUUCAUGGAAAGAGAGGGGCUUUUCCCGACUUUAACGACAGCUCCGCAGAAGGGAGAAGAUACUCAACAGACUCAGACUCAAAGUCAAGUAGUUUACCACACAGACCUUGGAGAAAAAGACCAAGAAGUUCUCCUGCACCUUUAUACCACUCUUCGCUAGACAGACUGCACCGUGGAGUUCGGCACAGAGAGAGUAACAGCAGUUGGAUUGGCAGAAGUCCACAGCAUGACAUUUCUCCCAAGACUUCAGGGCGGUCCCACAGUCCCUCCAUCACCUUCAGUGAGUCCUCGCUAAGCCUCAGCCAGAGGAAAAACAAGCCCUUAGGUCCAGAAUUUAUCAGAAUGUCAGAUGAGCAACAAGUUGUUCUAGAGCUUCCAGGAUCUAUUGUGUCGAAAAAAGGCCGUUCCUGUUCCUCUCAGAGAGAAGUGACUGUGGUGCUGCCCAGUGGACAGUAUGUGGUGGUUCGUUGUGACAUUAAGUCCAAAGCCAGAGAUGUGUUUGAUAUGGUUGUGGCCCAUGCAAAUUUAGUGGAGCAUUUCUACUUUGGUCUUGCAUUCAUAGACGAUGAUGAAUACUUCUUUUUGGACCAUGAAACAAAAAUUUCUAAAGUUGCUCCUGACAGUUGGAAAAAAGGGCAGAUUUCUUCUUUUUUGGUCUUUUUAAGAGUCAAAUUUUUUGUAGAUGACAUCAGCUUUAUUUUACACAAACUGACCCGUCACCAAUACUACUUGCAGCUGCGUAAAGAUAUUUUGGAGGAGAGACUUUACUGUAAUGAGGAAACAGGCCUGUUCCUGGCAGCUCUAGCUUUGCAAGCAGAGUUUGGGGAUUACAUGCCAGAGUUGUAUGGAAAGAAUUAUUAUCAACCUGAGCAUUACGUGUCCAAGAGAAUGCUAGAGAAGCUGGCUCUGCCCAGUGUCAGGGAAGAGCUGCCAAGACUUCAUGCAAGUCAUGCCCAGAUGCUGCCAGAGGAGGCCGAAACUGAAUAUCUAAAGAUUUGCCAGCAGCUCCCAGAGUAUGGUGUCAUGUUUCACCGAGUGGGCAGAGAAAAGCGGCCUGUGGUGGGAGAGUUAGUUUUAGGCGUCUGUGCAAAGGGUAUUAUUGUGUAUGAGAUGAAAAACCACCUUCGCAUUGUCACCAGACGUUUCCUUUGGAGGGAGACAGACUCAAUAUCUACUGGGCGCCGUAAACUUAUUAUUGAGUGUGGAGGACCGAGUGGUAAAAAACAUGGAUUUGUGACUGAGAGCUCUAAAAUAGCACAGUACCUUCUUAACCUCUGCUCCGCUCAGCAUAAGUUUCACAGUGAGAUGACAUCAAGGCAGCUUAACCAUAGCCUAAUUCCAGAUGAGAAUGUGGAUAAGUAUAUGUCUAUAUACCAAGCUCGCAACUUAAGGCUGAAGCAAAUAUCAUGCUCAGAGGGAAUGCUAAACCAUGUGGGACUGUCUCCUGGCCAAGCAGACUCCAUAUCCAAGUCCUGCGAUGACAUCACUGCCAAACUGGAGGCCAGACUCCGACAGCAGAGGGAGAUGAGGCGGGAAAUGAGCCGUGAGCUCAACAAAGAACAGGCCGAGCUAGGGGAUGCCCGAGAUAUCAAAGAGAGGGCAUGGAGCGUCACUGAACCCAGACGGAUGUCAAAUGUUUCUCUGCAGAAACAAGACUCAGAUGCCUCUUCGAUACGAGUUGACACACCCACCAGAAGCACACCAGAACGGGAGAUAGUCUGUGUAGCCCUGAAAAAGGAUCCCAAACUUGGCUUUGGCUUUGUGAUUGUGGGAGAAGAUAAUACAGGUAAACUUGACCUCGGGAUCUUCAUUGCUUCUAUUGUGCCUGAUGGACCUGCAGACAAAGAUGGGAGGAUAAAACCAGGUGGCCGUCUAAUCUCCUUGAACAAAAUCAGUCUUGAGGGGGUAACGUUUAGCGAUGCAGCAGCCAUCUUACAAAACAGCCCUGAUGAGGUUGAGCUUAUUGUCUCUCAGCCAAAACAAACUCUCAAGGACAGGGCGAGCUCCCUGAGUCAGAGCAGCCUGGGUCUGGCUUUGGAGAGGGGUUUUGGCUCCCAGACCACACUGAGCGGCACCGAGUACCGUCCUGCUGUGGAGGAGCUGGAGGAGGCCCUGACCCUCUCCAACAUGGCAACGCCAAAGCAGAGCAAAAGGCUGCACAUUCCUGUUGUGCGUAUCCAUGACGCGCAGGAUGUGUGUUCACGCUCUCCAUCAAUACUUAGUCUGAAAGGUGGGGAGAAGUUCGUAGUUGAGCUGAAGAAAGUCAGUGGAAGCCUCGGUAUAAGUGUGGCUGGAGGGGUAAACACAAACGUCCGCUAUGGGGGUAUCUACAUCAAGACUUUGGUCCCUGGAGGAGCUGCAGAAAGAGAUGGACGCAUUCAAAUUGGUGACAGACUGCUGGAGGUUGACGGAUCGAACCUGAGGGGCGUGACUCACCAACAGGCCGUCGAAUGCCUCAAGAGAACUGAGGAGGUGGUAAGCCUUUUAUUAGAACGUGAGCCCACAAUAGUUCUGGAGCCUAAACCGGACCCACCCUGCCCCCCCUCAGUACAGACACAGCCCCCCAGGACCGAAGUCUCCAUGGAAACGACCUUGAGCGGACGAGCUAAGGACUACAGCUUUGUGACUGAUGAAAACAUCCAUGAAGUUGUUCUGAAGAAGAGUCUGACUGGCCUGGGCUUCAGUUUCUACAUCACACAGUUGAGCUCUGCGUCGGACAAGGGGAGUCUCGUACGCAUAAAGCGCCUGUUUCCCGGGCAGCCAGCUCAGGAGAGCGGCCUGCUGCGUGAGGGAGAUGUCAUCCUGUCUGUCAACAAUGAGCCUGUCAAGGAUCUUUCCUACCAGAGAGUGUUGUUCCUGCUCCGUGGUGCACCAUCAGAAGUCCACCUGCUCAUUUGUAGACCUGGUCCCGGUCCACUGUGUGAUGUAGAUGAUAACACACUGAGUCCUAUCCCCACACGGGAGACUCGCUCACGCUCUCUGGAUAUACGCCUGGGAGAGGACUACAGCCAACUCUUGAAAUUUCAGUUUGAUGCCAACAUUCCAACACUCAUACAGCCGUGUAGUUCUAACCAAGAGGAAAAUGCAAACAACCAAUCAGAGAAGAACUCAUCUCGAAGUCCAGCGCCAGCGGACCAGGACGGCGUGACUCUACCCUCACCUCCUCGAUCGCCCCCAAAGCGUCCUACCUCACCCCCUUCACCGAUCACUCCUCCCUCGCCUCCCUCACCUCCCUCGCCACUCUCACCACUCUCACCUGUGGAUACUGAGCCCACACCAGCCACAGGACCAACAGACCAACACCCGGAAGAGCCGACGAAAGAGCGCAACGUGGCAGUGAUAAAGAGAGAUGUGAGAAAGACAGGAUCUCAUGUUACAAUCAUGGAUGUUUGUCCUAAGAGCACCUCUGACUCGGUGUACACCAGUGGAAUCAGAGAGGAGGCAGAUGGGAGUGUGACAUACUGUCUAGUGGGAAAUGGCCUGACCAUAAUGGCAGAUGAAGAGUAUUUGACCAUAAGCUCUACCCUGGAGCCACACCACAGACUUGGCUCCAGUUUGCCCCAUCACCCGGCUCCAAACCCCUCCGCACAAAGCUCACAAAAUACAGACUCUACCUCUCAUCAAAGCAGGCAUAACCCGAACAUAGUUUCUCAUAUGUCUGGAGUAACCAUUUCACCAUUGAGCCUUUCAUCUGAAACUCCGACCACAUGCCCUCUGUCGCAUCCAGCGCAGCCGCUCACGACACAGCCACCCAAAGCGAAACACCAUCCAGUUCAACAAGGGCUACUUCCAAGUCACCAUAAAGGCACAUGCAAAACCAAUAGGCCAGUUGUACCUACACCUCAGCCCCCUGCUCCAUCUGUUACCCCCAUCACAGCUCAGGUCAUCCCGAUAGUCCCGCCCAGCACCACUCCCCCGUUACCCCCGGUGCCCCCCCUUCCCCCAGUGCCAAUCCACAGAAAGGAGCCGAAGAAAAAAGAAAAGGAGUACAAGGAUGAUGACGAUGAUGAAUACGAUGAGGAGGAAGAAGAGAGUCGAAGAAAGGGAAUGAUUAAAGAGUUUGAACUCUCAGUGCUCCUGACGAAAUCAAGGAGUGGCAGUUUUGGAUUCACAAUCACACGAAGCAAAUUGGACAACUGCUACUACAUACAAGAAAUACUGGACAACCCCGCCAAGGCCGAUGGACGCCUCAGAGCUGGAGACCGUCUAGUUGUGGUAAAUGGGCAUGAUGUGACCAGUGUAGCAGAUGAAUUUGCCAUGUCCAUACUCAGAUCUUCUCCAAGACGCCUCAGUAUGACCAUUGGGAGAGCAGUGACAAACUUAGUAGCCCCACCUCCAUGUGACAGCCUGCCAGACAUUGUUCUGUAUAAAACUCCUUCAGGACAGCUAGGAAUAAAGCUGACUGGAGGUAUUGGUAGUAAAUGGCAGGGAAUAUACUGUCUUGAAGUAGUCCCAGGCUCACCAGCGAGUGAAGAGGGCAGUGUCCAACCCAAUGAUAAGAUCCUCUAUAUCUGCGGAAAGUGCACACUGGGAAUGACACUGGAAGAUGCAGUGAAAGCUUGUGAGAACGCUCCUCGUAAAGUAAAACUGAAAAUUAUUAGAGAUGAACAACCCGUGACCCCAAAGGCUAAAUGGAAUGGUCUAUUUGAUUGGAAAAAGGACAAAAAGUUCUUUGCCCGCUUUGAAGACACUGUCUCUCCUGAGAAAGAGGCUCCUCCUGAAGAAGAGGCUAUAUCUCGGACUGGAGAUCGAUUUAGAUGCCUCUCGUUAAAUCAGGAACAGGAUAGCUGCAUCAUGCAAGUGGAGUUCACAAAGCCUGAAGGAGGAGGGCUUGGCUUUGCUCUGGUUGGAGGAACCAACGGCAGCAUGCUCCGAGUCAGGGAGAUCUGCUCCGGGGGAGUGGCUGAGCAGGAUGGACGUCUGAAAGUGGGAGAUAUUCUAUUAGAGGUAAAUGGAGUGAUUGUGUCUGGACUGAGCCAUAGUAAAGUUGUGGACAUCCUGCGUAAAGCUGAGGGCACGGUGCAGCUUACGAUCUGCAGGGACAUUCUGACCUACACCGAAUCGCCCCCACCUCCAAACCUGUCUGGUCCCACUGAGGCCAUUCAGGCAGAGCAGCCAGCCUCUCUGCCUGUGCCUGAUACUGGAGCAGCACCAGAAGUCAUUCAAAACAAGCCAGUGGAGCAUCCUCCAGCAGCAGCGGAGCCUGUGGUUCUUGAAGCACAAGUGUGUCUUACUUCACCACCUCCAACAAAACACCGGCUUACAGUUGCUACCGAAGAAAUAUCCAUCCAUCAGGACAGCUGUAACAGCACCCCUUCUCACCAAGCUUGCUGUCCACCCCUCAAUGUCACUGACAUGUUGCAUGGAGCUACUGACAGGAAACAAAUUGUGACCAAACUUUUGGAUCAGUCAUGCAAAGACCCCCGGAAAACACAGACAGAUGGCUGGAGCAGCGAAGAAGAUGAUGAUGUCUUUGACAACAACAAAGAAAUACUAACUCAGACAGACACACCAAUAGUAUCUGAGGAGGAGCUGUCUGCCCUCGCUGCCAUUAGCCCCUCUAAAACCAGUCAGUAUUCAGGCUCCAGAGUCAAAGCCCUCAUCCAGAUUCUGCAGCACCAGCUGGACCAGCAGGAGCUGGUUAAAGAAUUCAUGGCUCUAGAGCACUUGACGCCCUCAGACAACUGCCUGGUGGCAAAAGCUCCUGAAAACAGAGACAAAAACCGCUACAGAGAUAUUCUCCCUUAUGACCAAACCCGCGUUUGCAUUGGUGAGAACCAGAACUACAUCAAUGCCAGCUACAUCCGCAUGCAUGUUGGAGAAGAAGACUUCUUCUACAUCUCCUGUCAGGGUCCUCUGCCUUCCACAGUACAGACUUUCUGGCAAAUGAUCUGGGAAAACAGGUCAGAUGUUAUUGCCAUGAUGACCCAGGAAGUAGAAAGAGGAAGGGUCAAAUGCCAUAAGUACUGGCCAGAGAGGUUAGAUGUGCCUCUGGAUGUGCAUCAGUACCAGCUUCAUUUGGAGAACCAACAACUUCUGGAGUGCUUUCAGAUAAAGAUCAUUCGAAUGGUUGAAAAACAGACUGGUGAGACUCACAUUGUGCGUCACCUUAAAUUCACACACUGGCCGGACCAUGGGGUGCCCCACAGCUCAGAGCAGCUGGUACGGUUCAUUCGGUAUCUGAGGGCAGUGCACCAUAAGGGCCCCAUCACAGUGCACUGCAGCGCAGGCAUCGGGCGAGCAGGAGUCCUCAUCUGCACCGACAUCAUCCUCAGCCUUAUCGUCAAUGAUCUGCCUAUUAACGUUAGUGACAUUGUAAAAGAAAUGAGGCGCCAACGGCAUGGUAUGAUUCAGACAAAGGACCAGUAUCUUUUCUGCUACAAAGUCUGGCUAGAGGUUUUACAAGGCAUUUUGGAGCUUCAUGGCAAUCAGUGGCUGCCAGACAGUCCCAGAGACCACAAAGUGGUUUGAAUGUGUCCCCUCUUCUCUUUCUGCCUGCAAAGCACUCACUGUGCACUGUCUUCCCCAGUUUCGAGGUCACA